CAUGAGCUCAUCGACGAGAAUGGGAGGACAGCUGCCCCUGCUUCGCUUAAUAUUUGAUUUUUGUGAAGUAUAAUGUUAGUAAACGCGUUUAGCUAACCGACAGCUGACAGACUAUAGACGUACACACAGUCUGUAGAUUGUUAUUAUUAUUUUUAGACGGUUUGUAGUUCAGUUUUAUCCCCGCAGGACACAGCAGCUGCUGAGCACCAGUGAUUUUGGACUUAAUCAUUCAUAAAUAUGAUGGAGGAUUUCUCUGGUUUGGCUCUGCCUCCUCUGUUUGGAGGACACAUCCUGGAGGCAGAGCUGGAGCCUGGUGGUGUGGAGCUGGGACCAGGAGAGGUGGAGCUGGGCCCGGGAGGCAAUGAGCUGCUGGAGAGUACAGCACAGGAGGAUGAAGAGAGGAGAGCUCUCGAUAAGAGGAAAUAUCUGGCUCUGAACAGGAGAUGUAAAGAAAUUGAACAGGUUAAUCAGAAGAUUCUUGGUCGUCUUCAUCAAGUACAAAGAAUAACACGGCGCUUGAAGAAGGAGAGACGGUUUCUCAUGAAGACUUUAGAUGCUCAUGGGGACGACUACAGAAACGCCCAGCUCACCAUACUUCUAGAGGAUGAGCCUGGAGCUCAUUUUGAUCCUGCUGCUGCAGGAGUGGAGGAUGAACGGCUCAACGGUGUCUCUGGCUCCACUUUGCCUGCAGCAAUGCAUCAUGUUGCUGGACCAAAGAGGAGGAGACACCGAAUUCAACGGCAAGAGAAGGAUAAAGACCAACAGGUAGGUGAAGAUGGACCACUGCUGUCUCUUCCAGUGUAUCAGUACAAUGACUGAACCAGACAUGUCAGUGUUGGCAGAGACACAGUUUGGAGAAAUGCCCAGCCCAACCUCUCUGUCUCACUGAUCAUUGCACUGCAGCCCUGGAAAUGACAUUGAUGAAGGAGCACCCAGUUUCUCUCAUGUUCAGUAGAUACUCUGCCUCUGUUUAGCCAGGUGUUGCACUAUUUGUAGUUUUACUUAAACAUUGUGAACACAUUUAAUAAAUGUAAGAUCAAUUAUUCACCUGGUACAUAAUGUAUAUACAUUUGUUUUGUAUAUUAAAUCAUUUCUCUUGUCAUAUUUUGUACUUAGAGUUAAUGGCAGCACAUAAUUAUGACUGACUGUGCUAACUAUCAUGGACAGCCUUGUUUGGUAAAUAUCUGGCAACCUAGAUACAGUUAUUGCCAGGUUGCAAACCUGUGUUAUAAGCGGCUUAACAUUACAUUCCUGGAUACUAUCAGUGAUUUAAUGGUUUAUGAUUUUAUUUCAGUAACUGCUGAAAUAAACUGUCUGACUGUUUUAUGACA